CAUGGCGGCGGCGGCCCCGUCCCGCGGUGCGGUGUGGCGGCUGCGGCAGCUGUGCCAGCGCUACCAGGAGUACGUGCGGCGGCACCCGGCCGCCACCGCGCAGCUGGAGGGCACCGUGCGCGGCCUCUCCUACCUGCUGCCAGGUCGCUUCGCGGACGCCCACGAGCUGUCGGAGCUCGUGUACUCCGCCUCCAACCUGCUGGUGCUGCUCAACGACUGGAUCCUGCGCAAGGAGCUGCCCCGAGGCCUGCCGGGGUCACUGCCCCAGCAGAAGCUGCUGACCUGGCUGAGCGUGCUAGAAUGUGUGGAGGUCUUUGCAGAGAUGGGGACAGCCAGGGUGUGGGGGGAGAUGGGCCGAUGGACCAUCAUUGUCCUCAUCCAGCUGGCUAAGGCCAUCCUCCGCCUCCUGCUGCUGCUGUGGUAUAAAGCUGGCAUCCAGACAUCUCCUCCCAUAGUGCCACUGAACAGGGAGCAGCAACAGUCUCUCCACUCCGAAGAUGUGGAAGGCAGCUCCUCAGGGAAAGAUCAGACCUAUGUUGGCAGGCGUUCCAGCCGUGUUGUGCGAUCUCUCCAAAACACUCCUUCCCUGCAGUCCAGGCACUGGGGGUCCCCCCAGCAGAGGGAGGAGACGCAGAGCCGAAGAGCAGAGGAGAUGAACCAGCCUCCCACCCCUCUGGGUCUCCAAGAAACCAUCGCAGAAUCGAUCUACGUUACCCGUCCUCUGCUCCACUUAUUGAGUUUGGGAGUGUGGGGACAGAGAUCAUGGAAACCCUGGCUCCUCUCAGCAGUCCUGGAUAUCUCGAGUUUGAGCUUGCUGAGUGAUCUGAAAGACCUGAACAGGAGAGAGCGAGCAGAGCUGAGGAGACGAACCAUCCUGCUGCUGUACUACUUGUUGAGAUCUCCUUUCUAUGACCGAUACUCAGAGGCAAGAAUCCUCUUCCUCCUGCGUUUGUUGGCUGAUUAUGUGCCUGGACUUGGCUUUGUCACACGGCCAUUGAUGGAUUACUUGCCUGCCUGGCAGAAAAUCUAUUUCUAUAACUGGGGCUGACGAGAAGAUGAUGAUUUUUAUUUGCUAAGAUCAUGGAUAGAUGUUUCUAAGGAGGGCUGGGGGAAGGCAUGUUGAUUAUAUCUAAUUUUCACUUAAACCAUCAGUGAGAAGCUCCUGUUCUGCAGGGUGGGGAGGGGGUGUAUAUAAUUUUUUAACAGAUCUAGCUGUGAAUGAUGGAUGCUACGUGUGUGGAGAGACCUUGGCCACCUCUUUCUAUGGACAGUGCUGUGGCUCCAGUGAUGGUGAAGGGACAACCUUUUUUAAGCACUUGAUUUUUCUCCUUUUGUAUGGCUGCGCUAUACUAAAGGCAGGCAGCAUAGAGAUUUUUGGAGAGCAUAGUCUCCCAACCUCGUGGCGUUGAGACUGACCUGCAGCCUGCUUGUGUUGGCCAUGCCUGGCCAAUUUGCGUGGAGUGGGCUUGUCUGUCAAAUAAACUGACUGGAUGGAAAGAACUGAGCUGAAGGAGCUCCUUUCCCUUGCUUA